UGACCCUCGUCGUUUUAUUCUGGUCGCUCAUGGCCAAACCACACUCUCAUUCCCCACUCCCACUCUCACUCCUCCUCCUCCUCCUCUCACUCCUCCUCACUCCCUCCCUCCAACGAACCCAGAAACUCUCCCCCGUUGAUCUCCGCGCCCUCAUCGCAAUCAAAAACUCCCUCACCGACGUCCCUUCCCGCCGUGGCUCCCCCACCGCAUUCUUCUCCACCUGGGACUUCUCCGCCCUCGACCCCUGCUCCACCUUCUCCGGCCUCACCUGCUCUUCCGGCCGAGUCACUACCCUCACCCUCGGCACUGGCCUCUCCGACUCCCCCGGUCUUGCCGGGUCGCUCCCGACCUCCAUCGCCGACCUCACCGAGUUAACUCAGCUCAUCCUCUUCCCCGGAAUCGUCACCGGUCCGAUCCCGUUUCAGAUCGGUUGGCUCGCCAGCCUCCGUGUCAUCUCCCUAACCAACAACCGUCUCACUGGCCGGAUUCCUCAGUCCCUCUCUCUCCUCCCCAAUCUCCACACCCUCGACCUCAGCUACAACAGCCUCGCGGGCCCUAUCCCGCCGGGUCUGACCCAGUUACCCAACCUCAAGGUCCUGAUCCUCGCCUCCAAUUCCCUCUCCGGCGAGGUCCCCUACAACGUGUCGUCCCAGCUACUUCACUUGGACUUCAACCGCAACGGCCUCACCGGCCCGUUACCACCCUCUCUCCCGACGACGCUCCGUUACGUGUCGCUCUCGGAAAACGACAUGUCGGGCCCCAUCAGCUCCGUCUUCGACUCGCUCGCCGAUUUAGUCCACCUCAAUCUCGGGUCCAACAGUUUCAGUGGGCCCCUCCCGCAAACUCUGUUCCGCACGACCCUCCAGUCCCUCCUGUUGCAACGGAACAAUUUCUCCGGGUGGGUCCCGCAGGCAGGGUCCCAGCCCCCAUCGUACGGUGAGGGUUCGAUCGUGGAUUUGAGCCACAAUGCCAUAACGGGUGAGCUGUCGCCGAUCUUGGCGGGUGUGGAGAGCUUGUAUUUGAAUAACAACCGUCUGAUCGGGACGGUGCCGAGGGAGUACGUUAAGAGCGUGUACGUAGGGACCACCAGAACGUUGUACCUGCAGCACAAUUACAUUUCCCGGUUCCCGGUCGAGCCCGGGUCGAGGUUCCCCGAUACAGUGUCGUUGUGCUUGAGCUACAACUGCAUGGUGCCGCCCGUGGGGUUGGCGGCGUGCCCGGCCAGCGCGGGAACGGAGCUGUCGAGGCCGGCGUCGCAGUGCUCGGUGUUUAACUACGGCUAACUUGGGUACAAUGAUGAUUAAGCCACUAUACAAUUAGCCAAUUAGGGAAGUUUAUAUUUGUAUUUUCCACGUUUGUUUUGAUUUUGUGUUCAUAUUUGUUUGUGUUAACGUGUAAGGAAGUUUCCCAUGACAUAUAUACGUGUUAAUAGUAAAAAGAAAAUGUUAUGUUGGUUUUACUCAUUAA